ACAUUCAGCUUUAGUCCCAUACUAACGUUAUAAGUGUUGAAGUGCAUAAGGCUUAACGCUUGGUUCUAAGUGCAGCUGAUAUUGCAAGAUGUCGACCUCAAUGAACCUGUCAUCAAGUUAGUGUUCUAAUCUUGUUGAUCUUACUGAUAUGAGAUGUGUGUUCAUGUUGUUGUGAUUUGAUCUGGAUGUAUUUGGUUGUUGCAUCAUUUAGUCUAAUAGCAUGUGGUUCAGGAGGAGGAACCAUGUUUGGGUCAGCAUUGGGGGUUCUUGCAUGGGGGAAAAUGAGCAUCAAUCCAGGCUGGACCAUAUUGGAAAGUUCUUCCUCAAGAGUGACUGUUGAUGGAUAUGCAGCAGCUCCUCCAUUGAGAUGAUUAACCAUGAUGAAGUGACGUCGAGCAGUUCGAUCAGUACAUUGACCAACAGGGUGGUCGAGACAACCACAAUAGAAACAUGAUUCAAGUAGUGUUUCAUAGUUAAGAUGAAUGACAGAAAGCUCAUCCGCAUCAAGGUAUGUACCAUGUUGGGAAGCAAUGUAAAUCAGAUCAUCACGAUUCCACAAAUGAAUAGGAAGAAAAGGGAGUCUCACCCACACAAUCAGAGAGGUCAGUUGAGCCCGAGCUGGAUUGAAGUUGGGAGUCCAUCUUCGAGCAAAAAUUUGUCCUUGAAAAGACUAGGGACGGUUGUCAAGGACAUACUAAAGGUCACCUUAAUUUUCAACGUCACCCUGCGCCUAUCAUGUCCUAGAGGAUCGAUUGCAUGCAACUACCUCAACAACACUUGCCUAACUGUAAACAGUGUAAAAGCAUCGAGCUCGAAUAGCUACCCUAGAGAGUCGCUCUCCAAAAACCUAGCCAACUAAGCAGAGCCUGCGGUUACGAUCCAAAGACGCAAUGGGCUGUUGCUUCGCGUACCCUCUAAUACAUAAGGGUUUGCGUGCUAUACCGUUCUGUAUAACAUAUAUCUGACUAAAGGGAGGCUGAACAGGAGUGGUGGUUGGUUGAAGAGAUUUUAUCAUGGAAUAUUAAUUAGCAUGUAUUCUA